UCACGUUCUUUGUGAUACUAAGGCAAAAGCGGCAAGUUACAUUCUUUUAUUAGACAACUGAUGUAGCUGGAAGAAAACAGACCCUCUUGUAGCGUACAAGCCUUUCUUCACGUCUUUAACGCACGGAGAACAACUAAAAAGACCUUUGAAAAUGCCGUGGAUAUCACAUCUCCCAACUGCAUCCCUCUUUCUUCUGCUUCUCCUGUGCUUCCCUGGUCAAAAUGGUGGAGAAGAUGAACAAUCAACAGAAAUUGUCAGUGUUUGGGAAGGAGAGUCCAUCAGCAUAACUUGCUCACGUUCAGAAAAUCAAGUGGGAAUGUACUUGACGACUAUCAUACAGCCAACCAAUGUGCUUUAUGUUUCCGAGGAAAAUAGUGAUUUUAUACAUAGUGAUUUCAAGAGUCGCCUCACCUAUUCAAGAGAAGGAAGUAAUCUCAAGAUAACUCUGCACCGUUUACGGGAAUCUGAUUCCAGUAUCUACCAAUGCUCUAAGUAUAUUCUUAGCAAAGGGCAUCACAAAAGGCUGAAUGGGAAGGUGACCAUACUAAUGGUGAAAGGAAAUGCCAGGGGAGUUGUUGAGCAGUCACCGCUCUAUGUCAGUCCUCGGGAAGGCCAGUCUGUCAACAUUACCUGUGCACUGAGAAGCUCAGAUGCAGAGAAAGGGAUCUAUUUGCUCAAGACUCACAUGCAGCCUGAAAUAGUGCUAUCUGUUUCAAGUCAGAAUGUUUUCACUAUUUCUCCUACUUUUGCUAAUCGCUUGGAGUAUUCAAAGGAAGAGAAGAAAAUAGUAGUAACUCUACAGAACCUAUGGACAAAUGACAGUGAUAUGUAUGUAUGCGUUGGAGUGUUUCACAAUUCCUAUUCCCUCUCAGUGAGUAGAAGGGGCACCAUGGUGCUGGUUAAAGAUGCAGAAAUGGAGCGGACAGACUGCGGCAACAGUUUGUGGGCCAUCUAUGGUCUUGCCAUCGUGGUAGUGCUACUGUUUUCUGCACUGGUAUGGUGUACCUUGUACCGUGUCGAUCUGAAGAAAUAUUUCCAGAAAAAAAAGCAAAAUGCAGUAUAUGAAGAUAUGUCCUACAGUUCUAGACGCAGCACCUUGGUCAGAACCAACACAUACUCCAUGGACAAGUCUCUGCCAGCUGGGACCGAGCAUGGAUCAACCAUUCCUUUACAGGUCUCUCUGAGAGGUGCCUUAGCAACCCAAUGCAGUAGUUGAACUAAAAAUGCUGUCACCCACCUUCUUCAGUGGAAAGAAAAACCUGACUCCUUUCCAAAGCUCUUUCUGCUUUUUUGAUCACUCAUAAAGUUAUUUUUUUAAAAAUGUACAGAAUAUGUAGUGAAAUGCAGGUCCCUUGCACGUGUGUGUGCAGUGUACUAUGGAAAGCAGCAGACUAUACAUUUGGCUAGAUUGCAAUACAUGGGCUUGUUUUUUUGCUUGAUAAAUCAUCCUUUCAGAGAAGGUGGGGUAGAUGGAGAGGUUUGGUUCUGAGCUUUGGUAAGUGCUCGGGAAGACCAUAACAGCCUGUUUAAUAAUAUGCAACAGAUCCACAAAUGCAUGGAUUACAGUUCUCUUAUGAACCCUUGUGGGUCUGCCCAAGAGCUCAGGUAGCUAAAACUAUGCAAGAGUUACAGCAAAAAAUUCUCUUCUGAAGAGAAUUCAGAACAUUACAAGUAAAGUUCUUGAUAUGUGUGGGCUUACUUACCCAAAGAUCAUAAUGGUGCCACAAAAAUACAGUCAAGUCUAGAUUCUAAAUUACUGCCUCUAUCAGUGGUACUGGCAUGACUGGUGUGGGUUUUGAUGUGGUUGACAUGCAAAAUGACUAGACUUGGGGCAUGAUGGCUUUUUGGGACAGCAGAAAUAUUUGUGACUGCUGGUGUUGACUCAAACUUCAGCUGUCUUAGACCUACACAGUGGAAUGCAUUUCUCCAGGUCAGGGACUCUACACUGUACAACACAAGGUGAAAUAAUCCGGAUAAAACCAAUGUCUGCAUUCCAGUCUGGGCAUGGGUGCAUCUGGUCCAAAAUCACUCUUAGCAAGGGAAUUUACCAAAACCUCACAUUAGUCAAGUAGAAAUUAAGUUUGGUCUGGUAAUGGCUUAGAACAGGGCGCUAUGAUGAGCUUAGCUCUUCUCUAGCUAAGGGGCGGGGGGGUUCAGCUUCUGUCAGAAUAUCAAAUUGCCCUGUUAUGAGGCAGGAUUGGUGGGGUUGGCUUGUGGUUUCAGGAGACAGGCUGACACUAGAAUUUUUCUUUGUUGAUGCAUUUGUUUAGUUGUUGAGGGAUUAGGGCCAGUUAAGCACUGAUGAGAGUACGUAGCUGAAGCGGAGCUGGGCACAGGGCAUCCUCCCUCUCUGGAGGUGACAUCUCAGCUUGCCAAGCCAAGCCUGCCACUCGGGAGAGGGCAUUUCUCUUCAACUCUCACUCGUGAAAUGCUGUGCACCAGACCCCAGGGGGAAACCUGCUCCUUGGGUGGCCGGCGGAGGCUGGUUUACCUUCUGAGCAGAGAGGUGUCUGCUGGUUGCGGACCCUGCAACCUCCACACAGCUCUACCUGAAUGAAACUGUUUGUGGCCCGAGCUUUGUACAGUUGCUCCAUAUUUUUAA